AUGGACAGCAAGGACGGCCUGGGAGAAAAAUAUGAUAAAUAUUUGAUCGCAACUUCUGAACAACCAAUAGCAGCACUUCAUCGCGACCAAUGGUUACCUGAAGCUAGUUUUCCUAUUCGUUAUCUUGGAGUAUCAACAUGUUUCCGACAAGAAGUCGGAUCUCAUGGAAGGGACACAAGAGGAAUAUUCAGAGUACAUCAAUUUGAAAAAGUUGAACAGUUUGUUUUAACGUCCCCUUUUGAUAAUCAAUCUUGGAUUUUAUUUGAUGAAAUGAUCAAUAAUUCAAGACAGUUUUAUGAUGACUUAGGCAUUGCGUAUAGAGUUGUUAACAUUGUAUCUGGUGCAUUGAAUCAUGCUGCAGCCAAGAAACUCGACUUGGAAGCAUGGUUCCCUGGAUCUGGGGCAUUCCGUGAAUUGGUAUCUUGCAGUAAUUGUUUAGAUUAUCAAUCAAGAAGAUUACUAGUACGGUAUGGUCAAACAAAAAAAAUGAAUGAAAAAGUUGAUUAUGUGCAUAUGUUAAAUGCUACUGCAUGUGCUACAACCAGAGUAAUUUGUGCUAUUUUGGAGACUUAUCAGACCGAAACAGGAAUCAAAGUGCCAGAAAUAUUGAAGAAAUACUUACCAACCAGAUAUCAAGAUGAGAUACCAUUUGUGAAAUCGGCUCCCAUUGAUGAAGAAGAUACAAAAAAACAAAAAAAACAAAAAGAGGGAAUGAAAAAUAAAAAAUAAAAUAUACAUAUAUUUUUUUUUAAUUGUUCUACCUUCUAUGUAUCAAUAAAAAUGUUUAAUAUUUAGUUUUACUCAAAUGGGUAAAUAAAUAUACAUGCUAUCAACAUCAUAAAUUAUCCUAUUUAAGGAGUAUUACUGAUAUUGAGCAAAACAGUUUUUUAAAAGCUUAAAAAUGUUUUAUUUUAUACUUUUUACAUACAUUCAUUCAGUUCCAUUAAAUAGUUUGCGCUUUGUGUUAGGACUUAGAAUUAGAUAAGAGUUGAAUUUAAUUAAUAUAUCUUAAAUAAACAAAGUAGUAUUGGUAAAAAUGUUAAGAAUCUAUAUUGGCAUGAGAGUGUUAAGAUAUUGCUUGUACCACACAAUAAUAUUGUAAUAAAAAAAAAUUUAUAUACACUAA